GUCGGAACUCGCACAGGACACGAAAUGGGCACUAAAGUGAUUUCUUCUUGGCCGCGAGCUUCUGCACUUCCGCGCAUGAUCCACGUGCACUCGUGCGACGACGACCGCGAUGGCUAGUUUGGUAUUUCAUUGACCAUGGACAUCACCAUCGCUACGAAAAUGGCAGUCGACGCAACCUCAUCGUGCUCGACACCAUCCGUCGUCCGCAGCGGACUCGUCUUCACCAAAGGCCAACACGAAGACGGCCUCUUCGGCCGCGCCACGUGGAAGUUGCGCUACGUCGAACUGAGCUCGGACAGCAUCAUGCGCUACUACGCGGCCAAGGGCGGGCCAUUCACGGGCCAAGUCGACUUGAGCCAGUGCUACGGCAUGGAAGUGAUGCCGUUCGACCAUUCCCGCACAGGCAACCGCCUCACGAGCAUCUAUCGCAUUGCGCUCAAGACCACGACGAAGCGACGCAUUGUCAUCGCCGCCCUGUCCGAGCGCGGAAUGAACGUGUGGGCCGGCGCGAUGCAGUCCGUCGUGGGCCCGACCCUGAAGGCAAAAUCGCCGACGAGCUCCGGCACGGCGCGGUUCUCCAUAUUCCGCAGGGUUCUUCGCACGCUUUAACUUAACUAGUCUUGACUUGAACACUUCGCCACCC